UGAAACAUUAUCGUUAUUAGAAUAGUGUAUAUUUAUUAGAAAACACUUAAAGAAGCUCCGGUUGUGCAGAAUAAAAUUGUUGUUAAAGUAAAGAUUUCAAGAAAUGGAUUGAUGGAAGGAUUUGUUCCAAGUCUAUUAUGGAAAAAAUAUGACAGAAAAUAAACCAAUACACAAAACGGUAACAAAAAGCAAUACAUUAGUCGUUGUUGCUAUUGAUUUUGGGACAACUUAUAGUGGAUAUGCAUUUUCGUUCCUGGAUAAACCGGAUAAAAUUGAAACAAAUGAAGCCUGGAUAGCCGGAUCGGCACAGCUAAUGUCACUCAAAUGUCCAACAGCAGUGUUGCUAACACCAGAGAAGGAGUUUCAUUCAUUUGGCUUUGAAGCUGAGGACAAAUUUGCUGAUUUGGCAGAAGAUGACGAACACCAUGACUGGUAUCUUUUUAGACGGUUCAAAAUGAGUCUCUAUUCUACAGGAAAGGAUUUACAAAUAAACACAACGAUAGAAGAUAUAGCAGGAAAAAGUGCUCCAGCGAUAGACAUUAUUUCACAUUCAAUUCGCUUUUUGAAAAAGCACGCUUUAGAAACGUUAAAUCUGAGAACAAUUGGAAUAAGGGAGAGUGAAAUACAAUAUGUAAUGACAGUACCAGCAAUAUGGAAUGAACGUGCGAAACAGUUCAUGAGAAGAGCCGCAAAUAAGGCUGGCAUUCCAAACAACUUCCUUACACUCGCUUUAGAACCUGAGGCAGCGUCUAUAUGGUGUCAAGUUGUAACUGAAGACACGCCCGCUGAUGCUGAACUGUCUGCGAACUAUAUGGUUGUUGAUUUAGGAGGAGGAACAGCUGACAUAACUGUUCAUCAAAAGAUGGAUGACGGAAGUUUGAAAGAACUUCAUAAGGCAAGUGGCGGAGCAUGGGGUGGUAAUGAAGUAGACAAAGCCUUUAUAGAAAUAUUUAAAGAGAUUAUUGGCGAAAAGGCCAUGGAAAAGUUCAUACAAGAAGAAAUGCCGAACUACUUUGAUCUUCUAAGAGAAUUUGAAACAAAAAAGCGCACAAUAACAACGGAUACUGCUGGGAAAAUUGCGUUUAAAAUCCCUGCUUGUCUAAGAGAAUUUGCGGAGUCUGACGGUGAAAGUGUGAAACAAAAAAUUGCCAAUUCAAGAUUUAAGAAUAUUGUCACGUGGACAGGGGAUAAAUUGAGGAUUGAAAAGGCUACUGUUAAAAAGCUAUUCGAUGUUUCGAUUAACAAAUUGAUUAACCAUGUGAAAGAGUUAUUUACUGAACCGAAGCUAGAAGAUGUUGUCACAGUGAUUCUAGUGGGCGGAUUCGGAGAAUGCGCCCUGGUGAAAGCAGCAUUUAAAGAGUCUUUUCCUGAUAAAAGGCUGAUGAUUCCACCUAGGGCCGGUUUAGCUGUUCUGAAAGGAGCUGUUAGAUUUGGCCAUUUUCCAAGAAUGGUGUCAAGAAGAAUAUCACAAUUUACAAUCGGAAGGGAAGGCUGGCCAGUCUUUCAAACACAUCAUGAUCCUGACAAACAAGUUGAAGUGGACGGAAUUUUGAGAUGCAAAAAUGUGUUUCAUAAAAUGGUAAGCAUUGAUCAAGAAAUCCCAAUAUUACAUUCACACGUUGAAGAAACGGAACCUAUUGGUGCAGAAGGAAUGAUAUAUUUAUUUAGCUCAACGAAACAAGAAGUCAAGUACACAACGGACCCGGAUUGCGAGGCGUUAGGGAGUCUUUUUUUCAAAGUCCCAGAAUCUCCAAAUAAAGAAGACAGAAAAGUUGCAAUCUCGUACAUGUUUGGUGAAACGGAAAUACAUGUACAUGUGAGAAGUUUAAAAUCGAAUGAGGAAUUUGAAGCUUGGUUUACCAGUUUUCCUGAAAGCGAGUAAAUGGUAGGACAGAGUAUCAGCUUUCUGCCCGCUUUAACAAGUCUUUAUGUUGAUAGACGUAUAAUAGACUACUACAGAGUUGCUUCCCUUAU